CGGCCCGAGACGCGGCCGAGGCUGCGGCCAAGAGCGGCCGGCAGCCCCAGAUAGACAGCGGAGCCCAGCGGGCCCGGCCCGGCGCGGGGACUUUCAGGCCCCCAAGGCCGCGAGGAGGAGCCGACAUCCAGCCCCGAGCCGAUCCCACCCCGGCCCCGGAGGAACUCCCGGGCCGCCUUCCCCGAGGCUCUCCGACUUCCCUCCGUGACAAAGUUUUCUCCGGUGCCUUGCCGAGGAGGAUCGCUCCCUAGCUCUAGAACUCGCCUGCUGGCGGACUUGCUCGGCUUGAUUUGGGAGAUAACUUGCCUCGCUCCCACCCACAUCCCCUUUCCUUGACCACUUCCAGUCGGACGUUCUAGAUGACUGAAUGGAGUUUUGAGUUGGACUCUUGUGUCCCCUACGGAGUCGGGCCUGAUCCCGGAGCGCUGGGGGUGGGGUGGAGGUGUUACUGUAAAAUGCAAGUUGGAUAAAAGGAGGACCUCUCGCCAAGGGCCCCAAUGAGUGGCACACAGUCUACUAUCACCGACAGGUUUCCCCUCAAAAAACCUAUAAGGCAUGGAAGUAUUUUGAACCGAGAGUCACCAACAGAUAAGAAGCAGAAAGUUGAGCGCAGUACAUCACAUGAUUUUGACCCCACAGAUAGCUCCUCCAAGAAGACAAAGUCUAGUUCAGAGGAGAGUAGAUCCGAGAUAUAUGGUCUUGUUCACCGUUGUGUGAUCAUCCAGAAGGAUGACAAUGGAUUUGGGCUGACGGUCAGUGGAGACAAUCCAGUGUUUGUACAGUCUGUCAAAGAAGAUGGAGCAGCCAUGCGGGCUGGCGUACAGACAGGUGAUCGAAUCAUCAAGGUGAAUGGAACUCUGGUGACUCAUUCAAACCAUUUGGAAGUGGUGAAGCUAAUCAGAUCGGGUUCCUAUGUAGCUCUCACUGUUCAGGGACGCCCACCUGGGUCGCCCCAGUUUCCACUUGCUGAUUCUGAAGUAGAGCCAUCAGUCGUUGGACAUAUGUCUCCCAUCAUGACAUCCCCUCAUUCACCUGGAGCAUCUGGGAAUAUGGAGAGAAUUACUAGUCCUGUGCUCAUGGGGGAGGAAAACAAUGUGGUUCAUAACCAGAAAGUAGAAAUUCUGAGAAAAAUGUUACAGAAAGAACAGGAACGGCUACAGUUAUUGCAGGAAGAUUACAGCCGAACACCUGCCCAAAGAUUGCUAAAAGAGAUCCAAGAGGCCAAGAAACACAUUCCUCAACUGCAAGAGCAGUUAUCCAAAGCCACAGGCUCUGCUCAGGAUGGAGCUGCAGUUACAUCCUCCAAGCCAUUAGGCGAUGGGCUAGCAGUCAGUGAAAUAGAAGCAGAUCCUGGUGAUGGACUAGGCAGAAUUGACUAUGGCAGUGGAGAUGCUUCUCGGCCCGGUAGUGACAGUGCAGAUAGUCCCAAGAGUGGCCUGAAAGAGAGGAUUUAUCUAGAGGAAAACCCAGACAAAAGUGAAGUAAUUCAGGACGCUGACACUCAGUCACUUAUUGGGAGUCCCUCUACCCGUAUAGCACCUCAUAUUAUUGGAGCAGAGGAUGAUGACUUUGGUACUGAACAUGAACAGAUCAAUGGGCAGUGCAGCUGUUUCCAGAGCAUUGAACUGCUAAAAUCUCGCCCUGCUCACUUGGCUGUUUUCUUACACCAUGUAGUUUCACAGUUUGACCCUGCAACAUUGCUCUGUUAUCUCUAUUCAGACCUGUAUAAACAGACCAAUUCCAAGGAGACUCGUCGUGUCUUCCUUGAGUUUCAUCAGUUCUUCCUGGAUCGAUCUGCACACCUGAAAGUUUCUGUUCCUGAUGAAAUAUCAGUAGAUCUAGAAAAAAGAAGACCCGAGCUUAUUCCUGAGGAUCUACAUCGCCACUAUAUCCAAACUAUGCAAGAAAGAGUCCACCCAGAAGUUCAAAGGCACUUGGAAGAUUUUCGACAGAAACGUAGCAUGGGGCUGACCUUGGCUGAAAGCGAACUGACUAAAAUUGAUGCAGAGAGAGACAAGGACCGGGUAACUUUGGAGAAGGAACGGGCAUGUGCAGAGCAGAUUGUUGCCAAAAUUGAAGAAGUGUUGAUGACUGCUCAGGCUGUAGAAGAAGAUAAGAGUUCAACAAUGCAAUAUGUUAUUCUCAUGUACAUGAAGCAUUUGGGAGUAAAAGUGAAAGAACCUCGAAAUUUGGAGCACAAGCGAGGUCGGAUCGGAUUCCUUCCAAAAAUCAAGCAAAGUAUGAAGAAAGAUAGGGAAGGCGAAGAAAAAGGGAAGAGAAGAGGAUUCCCCAGCAUCUUGGGACCCCCAAGGAGACCAAGCCGUCAUGACAACAGUGCAAUUGGCAGAGCCAUGGAACUACAGAAGCAGCGCCACCCUAAGCACAUAUCCACACCCUCAUCUGUAAGUCCUGAACCUCAGGACUCUGCUAAGUUGCGCCAGAGUGGAUUAGCAAGUGAAGGAGCAGACAUUGGAUACCUGCCAGCCAAUUCCAUGUCCUCCAUGGUUUCAGGGGCCACUCUUUCCCAGGAAGGAGGGAAAGAGAAUGAUAUGGGAUCAAAGCAAGUUGGAGAAACGCCAGCAUCUGGAGACUCCUUAGAUGGCACACCUCGUACUCCCAGUACCAUAUUUGACUUCCCACCUCCUCCAUUAGACCAAGUGCAGGAGGAGGAAUGGGAAGUGGAAAGGGUGACUGAACAUGGGACACCAAAGCCCUUUCGAAAGUUUGACAGCAUAGCUUUUGGAGAAAGUCAAAGUGAGGAUGAACAGUUUGAAAAUGACUUAGAGACAGAUCCACCCAACUGGCAACAGCUCGUUAGUCGAGAAGUGUUAUUGGCACUAAAGCCUUGUGAGAUCAAAAGACAGGAAGUAAUUAAUGAAUUGUUCUACACUGAAAGAGCUCAUGUUCGAACACUGAAGGUUCUAGAUCAAGUGUUCUAUCAGCGAGUUUCCAGAGAAGGAAUUCUGUCACCUUCAGAACUACGGAAAAUUUUUUCAAACUUAGAAGAUAUUCUUCAACUUCACAUUGGGUUGAAUGAGCAAAUGAAGGCUGUUCGAAAGAGGAAUGAGACAUCUGUUAUUGAUCAGAUUGGGGAAGAUUUGCUGACUUGGUUCAGUGGACCCGGGGAGGAAAAGUUGAAACAUGCUGCUGCUACCUUUUGCAGUAACCAACCCUUUGCCCUGGAAAUGAUCAAGUCUCGUCAGAAAAAGGAUUCUCGAUUCCAGACUUUUGUGCAAGAUGCUGAGAGUAAUCCACUGUGUCGUCGUCUGCAGCUGAAAGAUAUCAUUCCCACCCAAAUGCAGAGGCUUACUAAGUACCCUCUUCUAUUGGAUAAUAUUGCCAAAUACACAGAGUGGCCAACAGAAAGGGAGAAGGUGAAGAAAGCUGCAGAUCACUGUCGUCAGAUCUUAAAUUAUGUAAAUCAGGCUGUUAAGGAGGCAGAAAACAAGCAGCGCUUAGAAGAUUAUCAGCGUCGCCUUGAUACCUCCAAUCUGAAGUUGUCAGAGUACCCAAAUGUUGAAGAGCUCAGGAAUUUGGAUUUAACAAAAAGGAAGAUGAUUCAUGAAGGGCCAUUGGUUUGGAAGGUGAAUAGAGAUAAAACUAUUGAUCUAUACACUUUGCUGCUGGAAGAUAUUCUUGUAUUGUUACAAAAGCAGGACGAUAGACUGGUGUUAAGGUGUCAUAGUAAGAUUCUGGCAUCUACAGGUGAUAGCAAACACACAUUUAGCCCUGUCAUCAAGUUGAAUACAGUGUUGGUUCGACAAGUGGCAACAGAUAACAAAGCUUUAUUCGUCAUCUCCAUGUCUGACAAUGGAGCCCAAAUUUAUGAACUGGUGGCACAGACAGUUUCUGAAAAGACUGUCUGGCAGGACCUAAUCUGUCGGAUGGCUGCAUCAGUGAAGGAGCAGUCCACAAAGCCAAUUCCACUGCCACAGUCACCACCUUGCGAAGGAGACAAUGAUGAAGAAGAACCUCCAAAAUUAAAAGUGGAACAUCAUGGCAUUUCAGUCACUGGUCUGCAGAGUCCAGACAGAGAUUUGGGAUUAGAGUCUCCUUUAAUGUCGUCAAAACCUCAAUCUCAUUCACUGGAUACCUCUGGGAAAUCGGAGGUGGAUGAUCUCUUUGUGGCUGAGCGACAGUUUGCAAAGGAGCAGCAUGCAGAUGGAACUCUAAAGGAAGUUGGAGUCAAUUAUCAAAUCACAAUCCCAGAUCCACACUUGCCUGUCUCAGAAGAACGGUGGGCGUUGGAUGCACUAAGGAAUUUGGGUUUGUUGAAGCAGUUGCUGGUACAACAGCUGGGUUUGACCGAGAAGAGCACUCAGGAAGACUGGCCACAUUUCCCAAGAUGCAGGACAGCCUCUCUGGGGCUGCAGGCAGACAGUGGAACCCAGAACCCUGAAAAUAUUAAGGCCUAUCAUCCUUGUGAAGGACAGAUGCCCUUUAGAACUGGAACUGGUGACAUUUCAACUUGUUACAGUCCACGGACUUCAACUGAAUCUUCUGCUCCACGGGAUUCAGUGGUACUGGCAUUCCAAGAUAGCCAGGCAAGUAACAUUUUAGUAAUGGACCACAUGAUUAUGACCCCAGAGAUGCCUCCCGCAGAGCCAGAAGGGGGUCUUGAUGAGAGUGGAGAGCACUUUUUUGAUGCCCGUGAAGCACAUAGUGAUGAUAAUCCAUCAGAAGGUGAUGGAGCAGUUAAAAAGGAAGAGAAGGAUGUUAAUUUGCGCAUCUCAGGAACCUGUUUGAUCCUUGAUGGCUAUGAAACAGUGCAGGAGAGCUCCACGGAUGAGGAGGUUGCUUCCUCGCUUCCCCCGCAGCCUGCAACAGGCAUCCCCUCUAUGGACUCUACCCCCCGGCAGCAGCGUUCUCCCCAGAAUGCUCAUUUUGAUGGGGCAGUUUCACCUUUCACCCCAGAAUUCCUGGUCCAGCAGCGCUGGGGAGCUAUGGAGGAUUCCUGUUUUGAGAUCCGGAGUCCCUCCUCUUGUGCAGAUUCACAAAGCCAGAUCAUGGAGUACAUUCGUAAGAUAGAGGCUGACCUUGAACACUUAAAGAAGGUGGAGGAAAGUUACACCAUUCUUUGCCAAAGGCUGGCUGGAUCAGCCCUCACAGACAAGCACUCAGAUAAAAGUUAGAGCCGCGUGUCCUGGAGGUGACUGCAGGUUGUUGGAUUUGAGCAUCGGCCUUGUAUCACCACGUCCUGGCUCCAGUGUGGACACAGAGAGAGUGUGUGACAGAGGAUCUGCCUGCGAACACCCUGGGGUAGCCACGCCCCCGGGGCCCAGAGCGGGACUGGUUCUUCACAGCCUGGCAGCUGCACUAGUCUGUCAGUGAGGGGAUGUCGUUCUCUCACUCUGCUCUCCUCACUAUCAGAAAUUCAUUUUGAUUCAGAACAAAAACCAAAUGUAUAGAGCUUUGGGUGUAGAAUAUGAAAUUUUACUUAGACUUAAGAAAAAGAGAAAAUCAGAUGUAUUUAUUUGACUUCAUUCCGUAUUUGAAAGCACAUUUUAAUUUUUAUUUUGCCAUGUUUUGUUUUAAUUGAGUAGUGAGAGUUUUAGCCCUUUGUAUUUAGUACACCCAAGCAUCGAUUGCUCCCGAAGCAAAGAGUUCAGUAUGGGGUAUUAGGAGGUGGGGUAGAGAGGUGAAGAGGAGGAGGGGCUAAGCAGGGGAGGGAGGAGCAUGUGGCCUCCACCAAACUGUAUCCCAUGCCCUCUGCUGUCCAGUAGGCUGCUUGUCUGAGGAUCACCUCAAAGCAUAGUCUGCUGGGACUCCUAAGUGCAGAGGACUUGAGCUCUGUGCUCCCAGGUCGGGCUUCCUCCCACCCGAGGCAAGCACCUCUUCUCUGUAGCUGGGAUCCACUCCCAAUGAACAGGAAUCCUCAAUGUACUAAAGAGCAGGCACUUGAAAAUGGGUGUAUUUUCUUCUAUUGUCUCUUUUUCUGUUGAGGGUUGGGAUUUGGGAGGGAGAGGAAAGCAAAUUUUAUUUUCUUGACUAUAAGUUUGUUAUUCUUGGUAUUGUUUCAUUUUUAUAAUUAUACAUUAGACUUUGGCACUUGUGUAAAAUUAUCCCUGCGGAUUGAGCAGGAAGUAAAAACAAGCAAACGGCGAUGCUUCAGGUGGUGGCAGGGAUGGGGGUCGCUGAAGGAAGGGUGGGGUGGGAGCGGGUGAGAAUCUGGGAAGGUUGUGUAACUGAAUCACUACUGAGUUGAACAAUGGCUUUCAUUAGCCACGGGUACUGCUGAUUAUAAGGCCAGUAACAUUUUAGUACCUGGAGGUUUGACUCUAAUUUUUGCACUGAUGGUGCCAAAGGGCUCUUUGAGUUAAAAAGAGAGCCAAGAGUGGAGCGGAGAAAGCUGUGGUGGAGAAGGCAGAGCUGCUCCAACCAGCUCCAGAAGCACUUCCUCUGACUUCACUGCUGGAGCUUUUUCCACACUGGUGCAUGACUGACCUUAAAAAUUGCAGACCAGAACAUACACUGGAUACUGCAGGCAAGGCAUUGGUAACUGCCUGCUCUAGAAUGAAUAGUAGUACUGGCAGCACCCUCCAGAGGAUAAAUAUUUCGGAACUGUAACUUGAGAACUCCUUCAGUUCUAUUGGCUUUCUGUGGUUUUCUUUGUGCAUCAGGUAUGUAUGUUUUGGAGUAUUUUUGCCAACUAAAACUAAAUCAUUUGUCAAAUAUGAAAAUUCUGUUAGUAUGCAAGGAGUUCAUCCACUGCUCAUAUCUUUCAGCAGUGCCCUCUGAACUCUGUGGGUAGUUAGGAUGUAAUUUUACUCUUCCCUGCCAUCCCCCCACCCUCUGCCCCAAUAUAUAUAUAUAUAUAUCAUCUAUAUAUAUUAUAUAUAGAUGAUAUAUCUAUAUAUAAAAUUUUCCCCUCAUCACAAGUGGUAAGGAUUCCCAACUACUUUUAUAAACACCACUACAACUUAACAAGCUCAUCUAUGUCCAGAUUCCUGUUUCUGUUUUUCCAAAACUGAUCUAUGUUUUUUAAGUAGACCAACUUGCAUUGUUGGACCUCAUCUAUAAAUUAGAAUUUUAUUUUGAGUUGUAGCCCAAGUAUAAAUUAAAUCAAAAUGGGAUUAAAAUUUUUAGAAGCAGAGGCUAAUAUAUAAGUAAAGCUUGGGACUUGAACUUUCUGUAUCUCUUAAGAGAAGCAAGUAAAAACCAAAUGGUUACAUUGUGCUGCUGGAAAUAAUGUAGUCACUCCCAACUAAAAGAAUUACACCUGUAGUUACUUGACACUAAUACCAUCUGUGGACAGUUAAUCAGAAGAAAGGUAAAUACAAAUAGAACUUUCAUCUUAACUUCAGACGCUACAGGGUAAUUGCAUAAUUCUCUAGCACUCAUUCCUUUAAGAAGCUUUGUAGGUUACCAGAGUUUUGGUUUCUCUUCUAGCUCAGCCAGUCCCUUGUCCUUAGCAACUAUUUGCUUUUCUUUUUCCUGAAGUUUAACCUCUCAUUGGAACAAAAACAGGGCUAACUGGAAAAAUAUUUUGACCAUAGCUCUAGUACUUCCAAAUAAAUUCAUAUCCAGAUUGUCAAACAAAGCCCCCAAAUGAAGUCUAAUUCUGAAAAGAUUCCACAAUUUUGAGUGUUCUUUUUAUUUUACCAACCUAACUUCUUUCCUUCUUCUCAUGCUGGCCUCCCACACCCUCUGUUUUCUUUUGGCCAUUAUAAUCACAUCCAUUCAACUUUGAUACUCUACCUGCCUUUCAGAAUAAUGGAAUUAGAUAUUCACCCUGUCUUUGAGUGAGGCUGGUUACCAUCAAAGCCAUUUUCUGAAAGUUACAUGACUAGAAGUUGGAAUCUACUUCCAUACGGAAAGAUCCAAGGGUGGUAGACAAAGCAACCUUCCCGGAGCAGGAGAGCUGGAUGGGUUUUAGCUAUUGUAGUGACCUGCCGUGACCCUGUGCUCUCUCAUGUGGCCGUAAUGGCUCCUUUGCUAUUAAGUGGCAAAUUAAGUUUGGAGUGUCUCCUUCCUUUUCAGAGAACAGAAUUAAUCAGGGCAAAUCAACAAACCCCCAGAAUGCUGUAAUUUAAAAUCAUGGUCACUGCCCUAGAAACGAUAUAUUUGGCAUACUUUAAAAUCAGCUAACUUGGACUGCUUGAGUUGUCUUGGCUAUUAGGACCUAAACGGUUACUAUUAUAUUAUGCUGCACAGAAGGUAUAUUUUAUAAGCUUUUUGGCUUUCUUUUCCCUAAAACAACUCUAACAGCUGUUAGAAAGGAUGAGUCCCUCUAAAGUGUUUUUGUUAAUGUGUUUAUGGAAGCGGGUGGGGAGCUAGUGUGAUAGUAGAGGAGAAGAGCCCAUUUUUUCCUUAUUUUCAAAGCUAAAGAAAAUAAUUAUGCUUCCUGUGAGUUGUCAUUUACUCGCAUACUUUUUUUUUCUUUUUGAUAUUGUUAAAUUUGGUGUAUUAUGUGGAGCUUCUAUAUUUCAAACUGGAAGCUGUCUUCUUUGAAGGUGGUAUAUGAUGUUAUUUUGAGCUACUAGAGCUUUGGUCGAUAUUUCCUUCCCUAUGUGUCACGGGGGGCACCGUUCAGAGCUGUGUACAGAAGACCUCAGACAGAAAAUUAGUAGGACUUUCCAGUCAGCUUUCUGCUGGCUAGCUUUUUUGCCCCCAGUAAGACAAUUUUUGUUUUGUAAAUCAUGUUUUUGCUGACUUUUCCGCCCCUUUUCAAAGUGAUCGGAAAAAUUGUUUUUUCCUCAAGAAAAGAGUUCCUUUGCCUCAUUCUUCCCCACUGGUACUGAUGGUUUUGAAAAUAAAUUGGUAGGAAAAAAUUGUACCUCCUAGAAGGAAGCCCUGUCCACCAUUUCCAGGUGCCAAUGGCUAAGCAGACGUACUGCAAACAUAACUGUAAUGCACACUGUGGGCUAUUCUUAGUCAGCCUCUUCCUGCUAGAACAUUUUAUUUUCCUUGUUCACCAUACAAUCAUGUACUCUUUAACAGAAAUUACUUUUAAAGAAAUCUGGAACUAUCUUAAAAAAAACUUUAUUAAUAAUCAUGUAUUUUUACUGAUCACAUUUUGAAAUGCCUAAAAGACUUUAUUGUUCUAAUUAUCCAGAUGUACCUUUGUAAAAUAGCUCUUUUAUGAAUUAGCUAAUAAGGCUGUAUGUUUCUGGAGCAAAAUAUUGGUCAUCUAAAAACUCUGUUUUCUGGGGUCUGGGAAAAUAGAAAAUGAGAAUUCAAAUAUUAAAUAUGCUUAA